AUGGGCAAAGUCUUCAACAUUGGCAUAGCGUGCUUUGCCGCUAUUGGAUCAUUCCUAUUCGGAUAUGACUCAGGUGUUAUGACAGAUGUCAUUGCAUCACCAAACUUCCUCGACUUCUUCGACACAUCUGCCACCUCCUCUAUCAUUGGUGCCAUCAACUCCACCUUCAAUGGAGGUGCCGUAUUUGGUGCCCUGUUCGGUGGUGUAAUCAUGGAUAAAUAUGGUCGUCGCAGGACCAUUGGUAUUGGUGCUCUCAUCUGUACCGUCGGGGCCAUCCUUCAGGCUGCUUCCUACCACCUGGCUAUGAUGCUUGUCGGUCGUAUCAUUGCUGGCUUUGCUAUUGGCCUGCUUUCUAUGAGUGUCCCUGUCUAUCAAUCAGAGUGCGCCAACCCCAAGAUCCGUGGUCUCAUUGUCGGUCUCGCUCAACAGAUGAUUGGCGUCGGUUUCAUUGUAUCAACAUGGGUUGGCUAUGGCAGUCAGCAGAUGCCAGACUCGUCUGAAUUCCAAUGGCGCUUCCCUCUCGCGUUCCAGGCUCUGCCCGCCGCCCUUCUCGCAGUUGGUAUGAUCUGGUUCCCAGAGUCACCCCGUCACCUGAUUGCAACCGACCGUCUCGAAGAAGGCAUGAGGACCCUACGGAAGCUACAUUACGACGGUACCAACGACAACUGGAUCCAGAACGAGUUCAAUGAGAUCAAAUUGACCAUCGAUGCUGAGAAGAGCGCCACCGCCCCAGGUUGGCUCAUCAUGUUUAAGGUGCCUCAAUGGCGUCGCCGCCUUACACUCGCAACACUCGUGCAAGUCUUUACCCAGUUUACUGGUAUCAAUGUCAUCGGCUACUAUCAAACCAUCAUGUACGAGGCUCUUGGCUUCACAGGUGGAACCAACCUGCUAGUCGCUGGUAUCUACAACUGUGUCGGUCCCAUUGCGAACCUGAUCUUCAUCACCUUCUUCAUUGAUCGCAUUGGACGUAAGAGGCCUUUGAUCUACGGCAUCAUCGCCAUCACUAUCGCCCUGAUCUGCGAAGGUGCCAUCAACAGUCAGAACACCGACGGAGACAAGCGUGGUCUUAGUAUCGCUGGUGUGGCGUUCCUGUUCUGCGUCACAAUUCUCUUCUCCUUCUCAUUCGGUCCCGUCUCAUGGACCUACAUGAGCGAGGUUCUCCCGUACCAGAUCCGUAGCAAGGGCUCCGCCUUUGCCACCGGUAUCGGUAACUGGCUGGUUGCUACUUUCUGGGCGCAGGUCAGUCCUAUUGCUCUGGGACAUCUCGGCUGGAAAUUCUACUUCCUCUUCGUCGCUUGGAAUCUUGUCAUCACCCUCCCGUGCCUGCUCUAUUUCUUCAAGGAGACCAAGGGAUUAUCACUUGAGGAGAUUGACCUUUUAUUCGGCGACCGUGCCCUCGGUAACCUGGCCAACGAUAUCGAGAAGAAUCGCACGGUUGAUCAGGAGACGACUCAUCACGAGGAGGAUACGGCUUAA